UUUAGUCGCGUCUAAAAUUCGCACUGUGCGGAGUCGGUUUCGCAACGCGUUCGUUUUUGUUCUGUGUGUGUGGCGGUCGGAUUUGUUUAUUUUGUUUUGAAUAAACGCUUGGAACGAUUCUUAAUUGUCACAAGAUGACUGGAAGCAUUUAUUAACGAGCUUUACUAAAAAAAGUGUUCCUUAAGUGCACAAAUUUCAAGCACCCUCUUAAAAUUUAAAUUUUAUAGUCCCGCCGCAAACCGGACUCCUCCUGCGCGGAAAAUUCGAAAAUGGCUCUCUCCUUAUUCUCCCUGGUGACCGGUCUCUAUGUCCUGCACUUCUCCCUAGCUCUGAUCCUGGUCAACAAGGAGGUGCCCCAGACACGCGGAAUGCUAUAUCCCAGGGAAUCGGAGACGCGCGAAGUGCGCUCGCUGGACGGCAUCUGGAACUUUGUGCGCUCCGAUCAGGCGAAUCCCACGCAGGGCGUUAGGGAUGAGUGGUACUCGAAGGACCUUAGCCGUAGCAGGCCCACGAUCCCCAUGCCAGUGCCUGCCUCCUACAAUGACAUUACCACGGACAACCUAAGGGAUCAUGUGGGCACCGUGUGGUACGAUCGCAAGUUCUUUGUGCCCCGCUCCUGGGGCAAGAAUCAGAGGAUCUGGCUAAGAUUCGGCAGCGUCCAUUACGAGGCCUUUGUGUGGAUCAAUGGCCAUAAGGUGGUGAAGCACGAAAUCGGCCAUUUGCCCUUCGAGGCAGAGGUUACGGAUUUCCUUAAUUACGGAGCCGAAAACCGGAUCACCGUGAUGUGUGACAACGCUUUGAUCCAGACAACGGUGCCGCAGGGGAAGAUCACGGAGGUGCCCAACGACAAUGGCAUGACCAUCAUCCAAAGCUACACCUUUGACUUCUUCAACUAUGCGGGAAUUCACAGGAGUGUUCAUCUGUACACCACACCCAGGACUUUUAUUGAGGAGGUGGAGAUCACGACAGGACUAUCGGAGAAUAAUAGUGUUGGCGAGGUCUUCUAUAGUGUCAGCGUGAAUGGCAGUGCUGCCAAUGAAGCCAUCAAUGACCUGCACAUCCAAGCGAACCUCUACGACAAAGGAGGUGCCAAGGUAGCCAAUGCCACCUCGGAUGGCAAACUGAACGGCAUCCUGAAGAUCAACGAAGUCAAGCCCUGGUGGCCCUACCUGAUGCAUCCCGAACCAGGUUACCUCUACGAGCUGGAGAUCAAGCUGCUGGCGGCCAAGGAGGAGCUGCUCGAUGUCUACCGGCUUAAGGUGGGCCUGCGCACGCUAAGUUGGAACAAAUCCCAGUUCCUGAUUAAUGGCAAACCCGUUUACUUCCGUGGAUUUGGACGCCACGAAGAUUCCGAUAUUAGAGGCAAGGGCCUGGACAACGCCUUGAUGGUGCGAGACUUUAACUUGCUCAAGUGGAUCGGUGCGAAUGCGUAUCGCACAUCGCAUUAUCCUUACUCCGAGGAGUCUAUGCAGUUUGCGGACGAGCACGGCAUCAUGAUCAUUGACGAGUGUCCCAGCGUGGAUACGGAAAACUACAGCCAGGAGCUGUUGGGCAAGCACAAGUCAUCGCUGGAGCAGCUUAUACACAGGGACAGGAAUCAUCCCAGUGUGGUCAUGUGGUCCAUAGCGAAUGAGCCUCGUACGGCGACCAUGAAUGCGGAUUCGUACUUUGAGCUGGUGGCAAAUUUCACAAGAUCCAUAGACAAAACCCGACCUAUUACGGCUGCCAUUGCUGUCCCCUACACGCAGGAUAAGUCGGGUCGCCAUCUGGACAUUAUCAGCUUCAAUCGCUAUAAUGCCUGGUACUCCAAUACUGGUCGCCUGGAUAUGGUCACCCAGAAUGUUAUCGAUGAGGCCACCGCCUGGAACAACAAGUACAAAAAGCCUAUAAUUAUGUCGGAGUAUGGUGCCGAUACCCUUGAGGGCUUACAUAUGACUCCCGCCUAUGUGUGGUCGGAGGAGUUCCAGGAGGAGGUAUUCGCUCGCCAUUUCAAGGCCUUCGAUCAGCUACGGAAGAAGGGCUGGUUCAUAGGCGAGUUUGUGUGGAACUUUGCCGACUUUAAGACAGCUCAAAGCUACACCCGCGUGGGCGGCAAUAAAAAGGGCGUUUUUACCCGCGCUCGACAGCCAAAGGCGGCAGCUCAUCUGCUCCGCAAAAGAUACUUUGCCUUGGGCCGGGAUCUGGAUCAGUGUCAGUUUCCGGAGGAUCUCUUCACCUACAUAGCCGAUCUAAUAUCGUAGUUGGACGAAAAUAAACCCAAUUAAGAUGGCCAUUGUAAAUAAGCCAAGGAAAAAAGAGAAACGGAACUUCCUAUUGAGUACUGCCGCAUAUCCAUGAAUCAUUCCGCUGCGUUCCCUUUUGUACAAUAUAAAUUUACAUUGUAUUUUUGUAUGUAUUUGUAAGCGUAAGGCUAUAAAUAAAAACAGCGUUAUUUAUUUAAAUAAAA